CGAAUUAAAGGAGGUUUAUGGGUUUGUGUGCUGUUUAAUCCGCAAGCGUGCAGCAAAUCAGUAGCUGCAGCAUCACCAUCUGUUUCCUCUGAAGCCGUGACUCAGUUUUGUCAAAAUUGGCGAAAGACAUCUGCUUUUUUGCUGGUCUGGUGGCAUCGACUCACUCCCAAAGCUUGUCAAACGCUAGGAUUUCUGAACCGAAAGACCACUCGCACCGUCUACGACAAGGAAAGCCGGAGCCCGGAAAUAGCCUACUACAGGGGAGAUGCUCUGCUUAUGUUGGAUUUUCUGAAGACACAGAUCAACCGUGUAUUACUCUUAUUGAAUUAAUAAUUAACUAGUUAAUCGUUGUAGCCUACAGUUUCUCGGCGGUGUGAUUCGGACGGAAAUCAUAAAGAAAUUGAUGGACGUGCUUUAGACUACUAGAGCCUGGGUGCUGUAACAACUGAAACCAAGGCUAUGUCUGUGUUUAAUGGAGCGUUUGGAAAACGGGAGAGAUUUUCUGGUUAAAGGACUUAAUUUGCCAAGUAUUGUACUGCCUUCCAGAUAUUGACCAGCGUUGACUGUGUUCCAUUCAGAACCACUGUCUCACGGCUAAUAUUUGACAGGUCUCUGUGUGGAAAACGCGUUUUCCUCUGUACUCCCAGGCUGACUGCUGUAAGAGAGCCUUUAUAAAUUUGUCCUGUGCGAGUUGCCGUGGAGAUGGGAGAUAACAUGUCUAAAAGGUUGAAACUGGUGUCGGGAUCGGAUUCGGAGAUGGAAGAGCGAGCGUUUAACAACCCUUUCCCGGACUGGGAUCAAGGAGCCUGCACAACAUCCAAUUCAGGAACAGACAGUGACUGCAACGAACCAUUUGACGGGAAUGGAAAGAUCAGUGAGGCCUUCCAGAAGAAGGUCCAGAGCAAGAUCAAAGAUCUGCUGCUGCAGAUGGAGGAGGGCCUGAAGACGGCCGACCCUCAUGACUUCUCCACCUACACCGGCUGGACAGGGAUCGCUCUGCUGUACCUGCAGCUGCACCGCGUCACCGAGGACCCGUCCCACCUGCAGCGGGCGCUGGACUACGUCAAGCGCACCCUGCGCAACCUGAACGGCCGGCGGGUGACCUUCCUGUGCGGCGACGCGGGGCCGCUGGCCGUGGGCGCCGUGGCGUACCACAAGCUGAAGAGCGACGCCGAGUCGCAGGACUGCCUCGCCAAGCUGCUGCAGCUGCAGCGCUCGGUGGUCAGCUCUGACUCUGAGCUCCCGGACGAGCUGCUGUACGGCCGGGCGGGGUACCUGUACGCCCUGCUCUACGUCAACAGCGAGAUGGGCCCCGGCACCGUGGACGAGGCCACCAUCUCUAAGGUGGUCGGAGCGAUCUUGGACUCGGGGAAGAACCUGUCGAGGGAGGAGAAGAAGUCGGAGAGGUGCCCGCUGCUCUACGAGUGGCACAAGAAGCAGUACGUGGGCGCGGCGCACGGCCUGGCAGGGAUCUACUACAUGCUGAUGCAGCCAGGAGCCAACGUGAGCCAGGAGACGCUGACGGAGCUGGUGCGGCCCAGCGUGGACUACGUGCGUCACAAAAAGUUCCGCUCCGGCAACUACCCGUCCUCCCUGAGCAACGAGACGGACCGGCUGGUGCACUGGUGUCACGGCGCCCCCGGCGUGGUCCACAUGCUCAUAAUGGCCCACAAGGUCUUCAAGGAGGAGAAGUACCUGAAGGAUGCGGUGGACUGCGGUGAGGUGAUCUGGCAGAGGGGCCUGCUCCGGAAGGGUUAUGGGAUCUGCCACGGCACGGCGGGCAACGGCUACGCCUUCCUGGCCCUCUACCAGCAGACCCAGGAGAAGAAGUACCUCUAUCGUGCCUGCAAGUUUGCGGAGUGGUGCUUGGACUACGGGACGCACGGAUGCCGCAUCCCCGACAGGCCGUACUCUCUGUUCGAAGGCAUGGCCGGGGCCAUUCACUAUCUCUCAGAUCUGGCCGAGCCGGAGAAGGCCCGCUUCCCUGCGUUUCACCUUUGACCUGCGCUCGCGGGGAACCCUGACUCUGUUCCACGGGAAGUGUGAGGGGAGCGUGGAUGACUGGGCGGGACUUUGAUUUGAGUGACAGAGAUCCUUCUGGACAGCACAGUGCCUCUGACCCUGGCUUGGAGCUCCCUGCAGAAACGGACUCAAAAAACAAGCCUUCAGCCUAUAACUCUUUAACACCUCUGUGAGUCUGCGUACCCAGCUUUGAAACCGCCACCCUGCCCCCCCCCCUCCCCCCAACUCACACUCACACCAUAACCCCCUUUUCCCCAAGCGUGGAUCGUGGACCUUGCCCUUGCAUGCUUCCAGAAAAUGCAGUGUUCCUGUUCUGGCCACACCCACUUCGCCUCUGUGUCCCUCCCCCUUUCUCAGUGUUUUGUGUAAUGCCGUUACCCCCCCCCCCCCCCCCCAGCUAUGUCACUGUUGUCUGUCUCUGCAUGGGGAUGGCAGGACAUGUUAGUGACAGAAUGUGCCCGCGUUCAGCUAUAGCAAAAUCUAAAUGUCUCAACAGCGUCAAAGAACACAAAAAAGACCUUCUAACGUGCGUUUCUAGUGUGCAUCAUUAUUUCUGUUCUUUUACAUUGGUUCACUGAUUAGAGACCGGAGGGAGAAGGAAUGAAAAGAAGAAGAAAAAAAACAGCCAAUGGGUAAAUGACAUGUUUGGCAUAUUUCCUGGGUGUGGUGUGAUUUGUUCGGCCUCAUCCCAACCUGGUGAAAUGUUAAUUAGAGGAGUCACAGGUCUGUAUUUGCAUUUGUUUACAUUAUUAAUGCAGUGUAAUUAAUGUAUUAAUUUACAUGUUCUUCACACGCUCAGUUCAGAUAAUUCAUUUUACUGAUUGUUACACUCACUAAUCUUUGAGGGGAAAAAAUGUCUUGCUUUUAUUUGUCAGUCGAACAAAUGUUGAUUGAAAACCAGCCAUAAAGUCAUCACAAAAUCCCCAGCUUUCCUCCUCCUAACAUUAUCUGCGAAUCUGCUUUCCUAGCAAGACGCACAACGUGUGCGAUCAUGCGUAGUUUUGACACAUUUUCACCUGCUCUCCAAAUUGGAAGUGGAAUUAGUUUACCAAAUGUGUUCGUGCAGGAUGUCAUUUGUGUGCGAAUGUAAACUCUGCUAGGCACUUUGAAAUCCCCAAAGUGCUUCAAGCACAACACAUCAUACACAGUGUAACAGCUUGUUGCUGGAUAGAAAUUCUUCCCAGUAUCUGCUUUGGGGAAGGCUGUAAUCAGUUGAGAGCAGCCCGCUCAGUUCUUCAGGCCUGUGUGAUUGUUCAUCCAAAGUGCGUGCAAAAUAUGCAUGAAAAUCAGAGGGCAGGGGUUCUUACUCGUGGCUGGUGUGUCUGUCUGAUUGAAGGGUUAGUGGCCCGUAUUCAUAAAAGCUCUUGGCAGUCAGAGUAGUUCUCGAGUGGGAAAUGGUUAAAACAGAAUAGGUGGCAGUUUCCACUGAACAUCUGGCUGAAAGUAAUUUGGGAGACCAGUGUGGAAGAAAAGCACUUGAAAAUCAGUAAACCCUCAGAAAUUACUUGCAGAGAACAAACAAAAUUCUCAAGUCUGCAUUUUUCUUCAAAACAAGAAUGCUGCAGAGCACUGAAUUGUCAAGGAGCUUUUUUGGAAUGUAAAGAUGAAGUUUGGCAAUUUUGCUUUGUGCAAUAAGGUUUCAGAGUUAGUUCAGGACAUUGCCUACACAAAGGAAUAAAGCCGUCUCCUGCAUUAAAAGUUGUGAUGGCUGUUGUUGUGUACAAAAGAAUAAGCAGAAGUACAGGGAUGACAGUUUUGUGUGAGAUUGUUCUGUAUACACAGAAUGCUAUAAAGCCUAGAAGGAACCCACAGAAUCGGGGGUGUUGAAUCUUGAUUGAGAUUGGUUGGUAUGGGCCCAGCCUUUUUUUUUUUAGCCCAUCUAAACCCACCUGAUUCAGCUACCGUUAGAUUAACAUUCUGCUCAAUUAGGACCUUCAUCAGUUGAGUCGGGUGUUUUUGUGCUGAGCUCGGUCAAAAGCUUUCCGCUACAUCGGGUGGACACCCCUGCAUUUCAUAUACCUCCACAGUGUCAAGUUAGUGUGGUGUCAUCUUCCAAUGAAGUUCAUUCACUAUUCAGUGAAGCUCAGGCCGCCUUCACCUCUGAUAUUAUUUUGCCGUUUUACUGCUAGCUUAGCCAGGAGCCGACUUCACGCCUGGACUCUAGCUCGAUAUCAUUGUGUUGCCUACAGUCAACUAAAUUAUGUAUGAUCUCAUCUUCACUGUACAGAAGAACUUUUUAUUAAAACUGCUCUCUCAAUAAUUUCAUUUUAGUGAGGAAAUUAAUCGCUGAGAGUGCAUUUGUUGCACUGCUUGUAUAUUUCAAAUAUUGACUUAACGCCUGUUGUAAUUCAUUUCAGUCGAAAUCCAUGAAAUAUUCUAGCUGGGAGCUCCUGUGAAAUAUAUUAGUAACUGUAUGUGUGGUUCAUGGUCUGCUGAAUGCAUCACGUUGAAAAUGGGUAGACAUCACGUAUAUUUCAGUGAUACAGCUGUAUUCUUUAGGCCUACAUGUUAUUAAUGCGACAGCCUAGUUCACGUGGCAAGCCUAAUGUUGGCUGAGUGCCAGUUAUUAAUAGGUUACUAAGUGUGCAAACUGAAAGCAAAGAAAAAUUUACCAGUCAAAUAAGAAGACGUUGAAUGUCAUGGAUAGGCUGUGGAAUUGUGCAUCUCGAUUCACAAAUGUUUGGUAAUUAAAUGCUCGAAAGAGCAUUAGGGGGAAAAGUUGAUUCCCAGCCUGAGUGAUUGUGAGGAAAAAAUGUCACUGCAGGUUUGUGGAAAUUGUGUGGGUUUCUAGCGACUGCAUACAUUGCUCAAGAAUGUAACAUCUACAAGUCUUUUCUUUGUUCUGUUCUGUUGUGUUCCUAGAUGUUACGUGGGAUUUUACGCAUGCAUGUUUAAACAAGUUUUCUUGACGUGUAUGCUUUAGUACUCUCCGUCGUCAAAAAAAGCCGUGCUCACGGGUCUCGCAGUUGUCCGAAUCACAUAAUCAAGUGCUAUUUAAAACGUCUAGCGUAGGUUUUUGCUUUGUGUGCUGAAGAAACGACAGGAAGCCAGUGGAUGGCGCGGAUUCCGCUUCUUCGCACAUUGGAGGUGAUUGAUUUUCCGAGGCGCGCGAUGUCUCAGGUCUGCUCCCCCUUGGGCUUUGACAGUGCUAAUGUAUGUCGCUCUUAUUUUCGCCACCCUGGUGUUGGCAACAUAAUUGGGUCUAUAUAUAACAGCAGAGCAGAAAGCGAUGCAUCAGUGAAACGUUCGAACAGCGUUCGCAGGACACAAACCUCUGAUUUCAGUACUUUUGACAGUGUAGUGCCCCAUCUUGUCUUGUUUAUUUUAGGAUUAGGCCAGUCUUCACCAGGAUGAAAUUUGAUUUGCAGUAGGAUUUGAUCUGGUCCUGUAGGAUAUUUAUUAAGUAUGUUCAUGUUGUUUAUAUUCUUUGCUUGUGCUGAGCAAGCACACUCCACAUUACCCAGAGGAAUCCUGUCUGUUGGGGCUGGAUAAAGGAAAAAAGUACAUUUUUCUCAGAAUUGGAGUACCAUGAAAAUGAUUUUCUGGGACAUCAUUUAUAAUGGCCCCAUUUAAUUGUAAAAUCAUGUAAGACCACUCUAAUCAAAUUUACAUUUUGAUCCUAUAAAAAGAUGUGAACUUCACAUAUUGAAUUUAAUUUAGCUGGACCCUGACAAGGCACUGUCUUGAGGAAUUAAUAUACCCCUAGCUGUGACCAAAGAUUCGUUUUUCCCUUUGACCUUAAUUUUUCAUGUUUAAAAAAAUGCACAUCACUUGAAAGGCUGGUCAGUUAAUAUCCAAGAAGCAAGUGGUUGGAUACAUUACAAACCUUAGAGGGGAGUCCAGUUUUAGCUUUCUUAGCAGCCAGUGCUUAGCAGCAUGUCUCCGCCAUUUACACCACAAUCCGCACUCUCUCAUUGCAUUCAACUACCAUCUCUGCUUGUACUUUGCUUGGCCUAAAUUUUUAUAUAAUUCCCUAAUUUUGUUUUGCACAUACAUGCAGGGUCAGAUUUUUUCUUCACAGUUUGGUGAGUUUGGUGACCAAAUUGAAUUUGUAAGUUGAAUUUAAGGAUAAUUUUGAAUGAAAUCCAGGUUACACUCUGAACAGUACACCUGCCAGUACAGUGUAAUGAUGGAGUGGUGUGUGUGGUUGAUUGAAUCCUGGAUUGUUUUACUUAAAAUCUAAAGUUUUUAAUUUAAGUUUAUUAUUUACUUUGAAUUCACAAAGUACAUUUUGCAUCAAAUAAAGAAUAUGCAUUUGCUGAUGAACCAUAAUUAAAUUUCUCCUGUAAAAUGACACUUUGGGUGUUGCUUAUGCAAGUACACUUUGUGACAGUCUCUUUAGCUGGAUAAGUGUUAUAUUUGGUAUUAGGGGUAGGAUAAGUUUUUUUAAUUUUAUUUGUUCAAAUGCAUUGCAUUCAGUGCAAAGAUCUUGAAGUUUUUUUUUAGUGGGGACUUAUCCGUCCUAAUGAUGUGGUGAUAUUGUCCUUGAAUUUUACUGGUUGUGGUUAUGAAAUUAUUUCAUCUCAUAAUUUGGUAUGUAGUGUCAUUUUUUAAUGAGUGUUUUGCCAGAGAAUUUAGUGUCAUUUCCGUAUAAAAUUCAGAGUAAUUUAGCUUUAAAUCAGAGUACUUGUUUCAAAUCUUAACUUUUCUAUUUGAUUUCCAUUUCACACUUGCUCAAGUCUCUUCGCUCAGCAGUUGCAAUCUAGAGGAAGCCAAUUUAGGGAAUAAAUCGAAUCCAUUAAGGGCUUGUGGAUUGUGCCUCCAUCAUUCAUGAAAUGUUUAAAGCACAAAUGGAAUUUCUCAUUAUGCCUUCCCAGUAAAAUACUGAUACACAAAUGUAAUAUCUGGAUCACUAGUUAAAACACCUUCUGUGGGGAUUUAAAUGGCAGCACAGCACAGGCUUGUCUUCCCUCAGAUAUGAAAUGUCCGCUCUUCUGUCUUGUGUUUGCGUGGCCCUCGCUUAUCACUGGUUGGCUGCAUUAGGAGCUCUGGGCCUUUCAAACACAGGCAGUCUGUAUCAAUAAGAAGGAAGAGUCCGCGUCCGUGGAUGCCAUGUAGCGCUCUGAGCUAUGAGGUGAACUCCUGUAAUCCCAGCCCAGAGUAUCUGUUGAACUGAAUCUCCUCCAACUGCUCACUACUCUGGAAUCAAACCGGCAGGUGAGUUUCACCCCACAUUACUUUCAAGGUCGGGUCUGUGAGGAUAAAGAAAUGUUAGCCAAAAAAAUCCUAAAAGAAUACAAAAUGGCUGGACUGAAAUGGCAGCGCGUUGUUUCAGUGAAAGCUUUAGCAUGUUUCGUCGGAUGAAUUCAGUAUUGUGAUGCACUUACCGGCUGUGUACCAAAGCCUGGGUAUCCUUAGAAUUGAGGUCACAUUAAUAAUGGGGCUUAUAAACUGUCAUUUUUCAUAAGAUGUAUUCAACUCAUUGAAAAUGAUUUUUAAAGACAUGUUGAAAAGGCCAUUCUGAGUUUAAAUGUGAUACUAUAUGCAAUAUGGGCACAAACAUAGCUGUCAAAAAAAAAAAAAAAAAAGCUACCAACACUGAUGUCCUAUAGUGCCAAAUACAAAUGUCAUUUCUGGGGAGUGAUACAUAGUGUUCCUUGUGAAGUGGUCUUGCUACUAUAUGUUGUUUUGUCUUGGAUAUAACCUAGUGUAAGAACUGUGCGUUUGUGUUCUCUUUUUCAUGUCCUUGGUAAUAUGAAUGUUACAAAAACUGCUACAAAUUGUCUGUACUUUACUGUCUGAACUGCUUUGUACAAAUGUCAUUUUCAAUAAAAUGCAAGACCGUUUGAAAGGUU